AUGGUCACCGCUGUACUGCGACAGGUUCCCCGCUUCACCGGCCUUCAAGGCUCACCUCGAAGACUGCUUCUUCCCAGCUUCCUAUCCCGAGUUCCGGUGGUCUACAGCUUCAGAGACCUAUCUACCUCCGCACCUCAGGCCUCCGAUCUCCUCCUCGGCCAGUUCUUUCCUUCCGGGGGAGACUUGCCGCAGCCGUCGCUCUUGAAUCACCAGCGGCGAGCGGUGCUCGUCGGUCUAGCCAAGGCCAUCAAGACACCGGGAUGGCUCCCUGCCCUAGGAAGCUUCUCCCUCGGCUUCCAUCCCCUCCAUCUGGCCAGGAUUUUGGGUUCCUUCGCCGAUCACCGUGUCGCCGUAGCGUUCUUCGGCUACGCGCUCCGCAACAGGUCGGCUUGCACGGCCCGUGCUUGCUGCUCCGUCGUCCGCCUCCUGCUCACCGAAGACCUCGGCGGCGAUGGCUCCCGCUCCCUGAAACCGCUCGCCGAGGAGAUCCUCUCCUGCGUGAUCAGGAGGAUGUAUUCCCCGCGCGGCCUCCCGCUGGUGGAUCUCGCCUUGGAAGACGACGCGUUCGGCUCCUCGAAAUACGCGACCCUCAAUCUGUUCCUCAGGGCCUUCGUGAAAUGCGACAUGGUAUUGGAGGCAAUGGAGGUGUUGGGGAAGAUUAGGAAUAAGGGGCUUCAGCCGAGCCAGGGAGCUUUGAGCUCUCUCACAAAGCUCUUGUUUCAGAAGUGUCAGCUCAGAAGCAUAUGGAAGCUGUUCAAAGAGUUGAUGCGUGAAGGGCCAUGGCCGAGUGUGCGAUGCUUCAACGACAUGAUUCUAGGGUUCUGCCUGAGGGGAGACGUCCGUAUCGCAGAGAAUCUCUUGAAGAUAAUGCACAAAUUCCACCGGCAACCCGACGUCUGUAGCUUCAACAUCGUGAUCAAGGCUCAUUGCAUGUACGGUCGAUCAUCGGACGCAUUUGGGCUUCUCCGCAUGAUGCACGAGGAAGGCUGUUCUCCCAGUGUCGUCACUUUCAAUAUCCUGAUUAAUGUCUUGUGCAGAGAAGGGAGAAUGGGAGAUGCACAGAGGCUCUUCGACGAAAUUCCCAAACAGGGCGCUGGCUUGAACAGGAUCACAUUCAAUGUUUUGAUGGAUGGAUAUGUCAAAGCCGGACAAGUUGACAGGGCCUUCUCAGUGUAUGAGGAGAUGAUGGCCAAAGGGUUGUCUCCUGAUUGCUACACCUUCAACAUUCUCACAGCAGGGGACCUCAAGUUUCGGAGGGAGGGUGAGAGAGUGAUGAACCGUGUUCUAAACGUUGAGAACUUCUCCAUGAAUUCUGCGUUGGAUAUAGUGAUCUCAAGAUGUUGCUGGGAAGGGCAACUAAGUAAAGCUAGGGAGCUUCUUGACAGUGCGCUAGAGGAGGGCAUCAUGCCGACCAUUGUAGCAUUCAAUGCUGUCCUUGCUGCGUACAGUAAGGCUGGUCUGGAGGAAGAAGCCUUUGAGUUCUACCACCUCAUGAGGAAAUUCGGUCUUGCAGCUUCAGCAUCCACAUGUAACUCUCUAGUUAUGUGCUUGUGUGACCAGGGUAGAAUGAAUGAAGCCAGAGAGCUGCUUGACAAAAUGGUGGAAAGGGGAUGUCGUAUAAACAAAUCUACAUUCACACUACUCUUAGAUGGGUUCUUCAGAGAGGGUGAUGCUGACGGAGCAGGUAGAGUAUGGGACAGCAUGAAGAGUUAUGGGAUAUUGCCUGAUGUCAUUGCUUUCUCAGCCUAUAUUAAUGGUCUCUGUAUAUCAGGCUCCAUGGACAAGGCAUAUGAAGCUUUCCUCGAGAUGCACCAGAGGCAACUAGUUCCAAACAAUUUUGUUUAUAAUUCUCUCAUGAAUGGGUUUGUAAGAGAUGGGAAUCUGUCUGAUGCAUGGAAUUUGGAGAGGAAGAUGAAAGAAAAUGGGCUUACUCCUGAUGUCUUUACAAAGAACAUCAUCAUCAAGGGAUUAUGUGGUGAGAAAAUAAUGGACAAGGCAAAUGAUGUCUAUAUGAGCAUGUACUCCUGUGGCUUAAAACCUGAUGUUGUUACAUACAACACUUUAGUUGGUGCAUAUUGUAAGGAGCGUGACCUGAGGAGUGCACUGAAUAUCAUUACCAAGAUGACAUUAGAAGGCUGUGACCCUGAUAUCACCACAUAUAAUAUAUGGAUUCAUGGGCUUUCUACAGCUUGCAAGAUGAACCAAGCCUUGAGAGUAAUAGAUGAUAUUGUUUCCAAAGGCGUCCUUCCAAACACCGUCACUUACAAUACUUUGAUGAAUGGCAUAUGUACUGAAGUCUGGCAUUGUAAAAUUAUUCAGGAUCGCGUACUUAUUAUGACCGGGAAGCUUAUCAAGAUGGCCUUCUUCCCAAAUGUUGUCACGGUUAAUAUUCUACUCUCUCACUUGUGCAGACAAGGGCUGGCAGAGAGGGCAGUGCUGUGGGAACAGAGGCUCAGUCAGGUACCAUUCCCUUUUGACAUCACUACAUGUAACAUAUUAAAUUGGGCCAGACGUUGUAUUGAACAUGCUGAGACCACACGGCCAGAUCAACAAAUUAGCUUGUUCCUGGAAGCUCUCAUGUAUAUUGCACUUGAUUCCAUAUGUCGAAAUAGAUCAUCACAUUAUAGACCCGUAGUUGUCACCACAAUUCUGGAUCAUUGUUCUGGCGAGCCUCCUCAAAUGGUGCAAAUUUGA